AUUGCCAUGGUGACCGAGCAGAGGGGCAGGCUGCCCGUUGCCAUGGUGACCGAGUGGCGGGGACGGCUGGCGUUACCCGUGGUGACGGAGGGACAGCGGCCUUCCCUCGAUGUCCGCCCGCGUCUGGGGAAUGGCGAGCGGCCAAGAGCCGAAACUAACCCAGGGCCUGCGGACUCUCGUCUUUGAGGUGCCGCUCACUGAGGAGGAAAGAGAGUUCAGUGAAUACCUAAGGAUCCGGAGAUGGGCCCUGACAGUCUGCGCCUGUGCACACGCCAUCUUCUACUGCCGGCUACUGACCGCAGUCAGAUGCAAAAUAAUCGAUGGAGUCCAUUUUCCAAACUCCUGGAUGGCGAAAUACCAGAUCCUUAAGUUUAACAGAGGCUGUCUGAGAAUUGGGGUGCUGGGCUGUGGCCACUUCGGGAAGCAACUGGUAUUAUCCUUACUUCAGUUGACGGACCUGACUGCAACAUGUAUUACUGUCUCCACCAGGAGACCAGAAAAACUCAGUGACCUCUCAGAUUUGGGAAUCAAGUGUUUUUAUGACAACAAACGACUGGCAGCCUCAGUGGACGUGAUGUUUCUCUGCUGUCUACCAUCUCAUCUGUCAGCUGUUUCUUCUCAGAUUCACGGCUGCAUUGCUGAAUCCUGCAUCGUGUACAGUCUUGUAACUGCAGUGCCUGCAGCAAGACUUAAGAACCUCCUGGCACACAGUAGCAUUGUGAGGCCACAUUAUCUCUUCCAUGGAAAAAGUACCUGGCCUAAACUGUGGAGGAGUGGCAGAACUCCUGUUGAAGCCCUAAAGGUUCAAGAAAUUAUUGAAGUGACAUCACCAUUUAAAAAGGCUU